AUGCUAGACAACAACGAAGAAGAUCUAGAGCGGCUCGCGGAGCUAUGUCUCUCCACAGCGAAGCAGAUCAAGCAGCAUCUCGCUUCGACCGGGCAACCCCAGAUGAGUUUUGAUCAGAAUGGCCCGCCGUUCUUCCCUCAUGCAACCAGUCCUCUGGACAUUCAGCUGGCGAGGCUGGAUCUCCGUGCUGCCGCCAAGAGGCUUUAUGAUCUUGUCUCUGGCCCAGAUGAGGUCGUCGCUUAUAAUACCUACAAUAUUACCCACGACCUCAACGCCUUCCACUACGUAAACCACUAUUCCAUUGCGUCCGCCGUCCCCUUGGACUCCAGCAUCAGCUACAGCGCCCUCGCGACCGCCCUCUCCCUCGACACGAAGCAACUCCGCCAGAUGCUUCGCCAACUCAUCCAAAUCCACGUCUUCCACGAGCCCACGCCCAAUGAAGUGGCACACACCGCGUCCUCGAAACUCCUCAUCACACACAGUGGCGUCGCCGCCUUCAACGCCUACAUCUCGCGCGACGUGUUCCCCAUGGCCGUCAAGCAGGUCGAAGCGCUCGAACACUUCGGCCACGGCAAUCAACACCCGCACGAAGCCGGACUGAACUUCGCGUGCGGUACCGAUCUGCCCAUGUACGCAUACUACGAAAGCCCGGGGCAAUCGGGCGUGCGCGGGCGUUUCUCCCAGCUGAUGACCUACGUGAGCUCAUUCCCCGCGAUGGAUAAAGAGCACGCGGCGCACGGCUUCGCGUGGGAUGCGCUACCCGCGGACAGCGUGGUGGUCGACAUCGCCGGCAACGUCGGCCACUGCUCGAUCCAGAUCGCACGGACGAACCCGUCGGUGCGCAUCAUCGUGCAGGACCUGCCGAAGAUCGUGGCGCGCGCGACCGACCCGGCCACGAGCGUGAUCCCGCCCGAGCUGCGCGACCGCUUCACCUUCCAGGAACACGACUUCUACGCGCCGCAGCCGGUCAAGCACGCCGCCGUGUAUUUCCUGCGCAUGAUCAUGCACGACUACUCGGACGCGUACUGUCUCAAGAUCUUGCGGCGCAUCGUGCCGAGCAUGGCGCCGUCGAGUCGCAUCGUCAUCAUGGACCAGGUGUCGCCGCCGGUCGGGGUCGUGCCGAGCGCCAUCGAGCGCAUGAUGCGCACGCAGGACCUGCAGAUGAUGUUGUUGACGAAUGCGCGGGAGAGGGAUGCCGCCGAGUGGCAGGAGUUGAUUGCGGGCGUGGUUGUUGAUGAUGAUGGCGAUGGGAACGAGAGCGUGGAUGACCAGGUCUUGUCGACCAAGACGACGAGGAAACUGGAGAUCAAGAAUAUCGUUAGUCCACAGGGAAGCACAAUGAGUCUGAUUGAGGUGGGAUUUGUCGAUGACGUUGUGCCCGUUGCUAAUGGUGUCUCUGAUACCAGUGCUGAGUGA